AUGUCCAAGACUUCAUACAUAGAAAAGGUCACUUCAUUCCUUCAAAGCAACGGCUUCACACUUCUUGAUGCUGACCCACUCAAGAAAUACACUUCCAAAUUCAGGAAAAUUUUAGAUCAGUUUGGACCAACUUUGUUUGAGGAUUACAAAAAACUAAUACCUAUGAAUUUCAAUAUCCCACGUUUGUAUGGACUUCCGAAGGUUCAUAAAAACGACAUACCAAUCCGCCCAGUGGUAUCUUUCUAUACGAGCUUAGCCUACAAACUAUCCAAAAGACUCAACGAAUAUAUCACAGAUAGAGUUGACUACCAAUCACCUCACAGCAUCAAGAAUACCGGUGACUUGAUCGAAAAACUGAAGAAAAUACAACCUCCUAAUAAUUUAAUACUAGCUUCUUUAGAUGUAUCUAAUCUGUUCACCACAGUACCUGUACAACAAACUCUUCAAAUCUUCAAAAACCUCCUAAUUAACUCAGGCUUAUCAGACAGUAUAGUUGAGAGCAUCUUCCACUUGACUAAACUCUGCCUUGAACAAAACUUCUUCAUGUUCAACGGAUCAAUAUAUUCCCAACCAAAGGGACUAAACAUGGGCAACGGCUUAUCAUCUUGUAUGGCGGAGGUGUUUAUGAAAUAUUUCGAAAAAUCGUUCGUAUUCCAUGUCAAUAACCCAUUCAAAGACAAAAUCCUCUUCUGGUUUCGCUAUGUAGACGACAUAUUCAUUGGAUGGUUGGGUAGUCAGCAAGAAUUGUCGGAUUUCUACAACUGGCUGAAUAUUAGACACUCUAACAUCAAAUUCACCCUAGAAACAGAAGAAAACAACAGUAUAAAUUUUCUAGAUCUUACUAUAACUAUAAGAGAAAAUAAAUUCAAUUUUGACAUUUAUCGGAAACCAAGCCAAACAAACCAUAGUAUACAUUCCAAUUCUUGCCACCACCACACACACAAACUAACAGCAUUUCGAUCAUAUAUACAUAGAAUGUUUAAAAUACCAUUAGAUAAAAAAGAAUUCGACAAAGAAGUCUCUACUAUCAAGUACAUUGCCCAAGAAAAUGGAUUCGACCCAAACAUAAUAGACAGACUCAUCAAUAAGAAAAAAUUCAGACUUCUGUCAAACGACAGUCACCGAACAAACAAGGUGGAAAAUUAUAUUAGCCUUCCCUUUUUUGGUGACAUCUCCUACCAAAUAUCCAAUGUUCUAAAACAACAGAAGAACCUAAAAAUUUCAUUCAAAACACAAAACACCCUGCAACAAUUACUAGUAUACAAUAAAGACCCUUUACCCAUUCUAGAGAAAUCAGGGGUUUACAAACUCAAAUGCGGUGAACCUAGCUGCAACAUUGUCUACAUAGGUAGGAGCGGAAGAAACAUAGCGACCAGAAUAAAAGAACACCUCAUGAGUCAAAGGAUCAUGUCCAAUAAUAAAUCAACAUUCGGUAAACACCUCAAAGACACCAACCAUGAAUUCGACCCCAACACAGACGUAGAACUUCUUCACCCGGUAGAAUAUGGUUUUAAACAAGAAACUUGGGAAGAACUAGAAAUAUACAAACAUUCCCAAAGCAGAUACGAAGAACCCGUAAACAUCAUGUCUACGAACACUGUAUAG